ACGCCAUGUACGUAAUCUGUGAUGUACGACGUGUGAACGCGUGUGAAUGACUCCGAAAGUUGGUGUAACGGUCGUAACGGUAUCGAAAGGAGGUGGGUUUCAUCCAAAUAUGACAAUGAAUCUUCACCAGAAAACACCUUUGUGAACUUGGUUGCAUAAUCCUAGUCACAUACUGGUACACACAUCAGAACUUUGUGGCUAUAUCACUAGGAUUCUUGUAAGCCACUUUCUGACUCAACGGACUGUCCAUCAUGUGUGAUCAUCAAGUUUCAGGCUCACAAAAGACUCUGCAGUCUGUUGCAACAAGAUUGCCAAAAAUUGUAUUACAGAAAGCUGAGGAAAUAUUUCCUGCUGUAAAACAAAUGAUGAAAGAUGUACCAGGCUCCCAUAGUGAGGCAUGUGCAUCAUCAUCUCAUAGUGAUCAGGCUGUUAACAUAAAAGUCGAAGUCUCAGAUGUGGAAGAUGGUGAGGAUCCGGUGCCAAUGACAUUUGUAGAAAUAAAGGUUGAACAUGAGAACCGCUUGGAUUCACAGGAAAAUGCACCAGGCUCACAUAGUGAGUCACAUGCAUCAUCAUCGCCCAGUGGUGAUCAGGCUGUCAACAUAAAAGUCGAGGAAGUCUCAGAUGUUGAAGAUGAGGAUCCCGUGCCAAUGACAUUUGUAGAAAUAAAGGCUGAACAUGAGACCAUCAAUAUAAAAGUGGAGGAGAUCUCAGAUGUGGAAGAGUUAGAAGAUCCAUUGCCAAUAUCAUUCCCAGGAAUACAGGCUGAACAUGCGAGUGUCGUGAAUGAACGUAGACUCGUUCAUGGUGGGCAUCCAAUUUCCUGUGAUGUGUGUCAUAAGUUGUUCAGGCGUAGCAGUGGUCUGAAGAGGCAUCAACGUAUACAUGCUGCAAACCGGUCAUUUUCCUGUAGUGUAUGUAAUAAAUCAUUCAGCAGGCAGGGUCAUUUAAAGGAACAUCAACGCAUACAUAGUGGGGAGCGGCCAUUUUCCUGUCUUGUGUGUAAUAAAUCAUUUAGUCAGCAGAAUCAUCUGAAGGGACAUGAACGCAUACAUAGUGGGGAGCGGCCAUUUUCAUGUGAGGUGUGUAAUAGGUCAUUUACCAAGCGCAGUCAUUUGAAGGAACAUCAACACAUACACAGUGGGGAGCGGGCAUUCUCCUGUGAUAUAUGUAAUAAGGCAUUUACCACUAACAAUGUCCUGAAGGUACAUCAACGCACACAUAGUGAGGAGCGGCCAUUUUCUUGUGCUGUGUGUAAUAAGUCAUAUAUAUCUAAGAAUCAGGUGAAGGUACAUCUACGCAAACAUAGUGGUGAGCGGCCAUAUGCGUGUGAUAUGUGUACUAAGUCGUAUACCACUAGCAGUGACCUGAAGGUACACCAACGCAUACAUAGUGGGGAGCGGCCAUUUUCCUGUUAUAUGUGUAAUAAAUCAUUUAUUAGGAACAGUCAUUUGAGGGCACAUGAACGCAUACAUAGUGGGGAGCGGCCAUAUCCCUGUGAUAUGUGUAACAGAUCAUUUAAUCAGCACAGCCAUCUGAAAGUACAUCAGCGUGUAUGCAGUGGUUAAAGGUAAAGUUGUCCCUGUGCUUAAUUAAUUAAGCACUAUGCCAUGGAGACAAAUGAGCAACAGAAUGUGGUGAUUAGAGCACAAUUACUUUAUCACUAACUGCUGAAAACGGAUGUUGACAUAUGAUAAUUGCAAUAGGUUUUUUGGUUUACGUAGUGGAUGCAUCAGUGCAUACACACUGGGAGGAGCCAGUUUUCACGUUGCUUGUAAAAAUAAUUUGUUAUGGAGAGUCAUCUCAAAAGACAUCAGUGCAAAAUUAGUUUGAAGUUAUGUAUUCCUGGAAUGUGUGAUACAGAUUUUUCCAUUGACUGCAGAUGUCAUUGCAUGCACAGUGCAAAAUGUCCUUGUAUAUGUUGCUUGCAGGACACAUUCUGUUCUCAAAUUUUGAAUGAAUAGCAACUCAAUUGCGUUAGACUUGGCUCAAAGUCAUUCUCUGAAGCUACGAUGAGCUUCACUACAGUAGAUCACCAAAGAAAUGCUGCACCUAUGGUUGAAGGGCUACAAGAAUACCAACAGAUUGAGGAAAAUAUUUGGAAAGAAUGGUAUUGCACUGCACUCCAGAACUGGCCUUCUGCCACUGCCCAGGGGGGUGACCAGACUGCCAACAGAGAGACGAAGAAUGUCGUAGCACCGAGCUUAAUGACCAAGGCAUGCAAAACUCUUGGUGAUCAUGAGCCCUAACACUAAGUUUGGUGGACAUGGCAACAGGUGGUUUUAGUUCUAUGAUAUCUUAAAAAGUUUUUCUCGUGUUUUGUUUUCAUUUGUGCAUUGUAGUAAUAUUUCUAAAUGUAAAUAUUAACUGU